UCGAGUGAUGCACUUGGAAUGAGAAUCAGAGGAUGGAAAUAGUCUGGGAGGUGCUUUUUCUUCUUCAAGCCAAUUUCAUCGUCUGCAUAUCAGCUCAACAGAAUUCACCAAAAAUCCAUGAAGGCUGGUGGGCAUACAAGGAGGUGGUCCAGGGAAGCUUUGUUCCAGUUCCUUCUUUCUGGGGCUUGGUGAACUCAGCUUGGAAUCUUUGCUCUGUGGGGAAACGGCAGUCGCCAGUCAACAUAGAGACCAGUCACAUGAUCUUCGACCCCUUUCUGACACCCCUUCGCAUCAACACGGGGGGCAGGAAGGUCAGUGGGACCAUGUACAACACUGGAAGACACGUAUCCCUUCGCCUGGACAAGGAGCACUUGGUCAACAUAUCUGGAGGGCCCAUGACAUACAGCCACCGGCUGGAGGAGAUCCGACUACACUUUGGGAGUGAGGACAGCCAAGGGUCGGAGCACCUCCUCAAUGGACAGGCCUUCUCUGGGGAGGUGCAGCUCAUCCACUAUAACCAUGAGCUAUAUACGAAUGUCACAGAAGCUGCAAAGAGUCCGAAUGGAUUGGUGGUAGUUUCUAUAUUUAUAAAAGUUUCUGAUUCAUCAAACCCAUUUCUUAAUCGAAUGCUCAACAGAGAUACUAUCACAAGAAUAACAUAUAAAAAUGAUGCAUAUUUACUACAGGGGCUUAAUAUAGAGGAACUAUAUCCAGAGACCUCUAGUUUCAUCACUUACGAUGGGUCGAUGACUAUCCCACCCUGCUAUGAGACAGCAAGUUGGAUCAUAAUGAACAAACCUGUCUAUAUAACCAGGAUGCAGAUGCAUUCCUUGCGCCUGCUCAGCCAGAACCAGCCAUCUCAGAUCUUUCUGAGCAUGAGUGACAACUUCAGGCCUGUCCAGCCACUCAACAACCGCUGCAUCCGCACCAAUAUCAACUUCAGUUUACAGGGGAAGGACUGUCCAAACAAUCGAGCCCAGAAGCUUCAGUAUAGAGUAAAUGAAUGGCUCCUCAAGUAGGGAACAAAGCCAAGAAGAAUCCCACCUCAGUGAAAUGCUACAACUGUGAAUUGACAUAACCUAGAAUGUCCCCCUUCUUGCUUCUCUCUCCUUCUUUCCCCCAAGCCUCAUUCAUUCUUGGGAUUGGCCCUUUCUUCAUGAAAAGUGUCUGCAAAACCAUGGCAGAGGAAUACAUCUCUCACACAUACUCACAAACACACACACAAGCACUUGCACAUACAUACAAACACAUGCAAACAUACCUACACACACACACUCUCUUACAACCUCCAUCAUGGGAAGUCAAGUUUCAGAAACAAAAGUCUCAUUCAUAAGAGGUCUUAGAAGAAAAUAACCAGUUAACCUGAUUACAAUUUUGAUACCGUUUUCCUGAACUAAUAAAUCUACCCAAUGAGACUUUUCAGCCUUUGUACAUACAAAAUUCUUCCAAAAGAGAGAGGAGAAAAUACAGCUCUGAUGGCAUCAAAUGGACUUUGCAUCAAGUAAUUUCAGAUAGUGUCCUAGGAUCCUUUGAGGGUGGGUAGCAGGUGAGCAGGACAAAGUUGACCAAGGACACUUAUUUCUAGAUUAUGAUUCUUCUGUUUACUCAACAAUAUAAAAAGAAAAAAAGGACAGACAUUGAAGAGCUACACAUUGUAUAUAUAUCACCACAGACUAUAAGGAAAUGGAAUUAUUUCCCUCUUUGUCACAUAUCCGUAGUAGGAUUUGCCAAGAUCAGAAAUUAUCCAUUUGCUGUUUCUUGUUUUCCAAAGGUCAUAUAUUGUGUUUGGUUAUUGUUACCAGCUCAAUAAAUGUGUUUAACGAGUUAAUUUCAUUUUUCUGGCUUUGGUCUGUUCUCCUUCCUUACAGGCUAAGCCCUGGCUCCAUGCAACUGCAUUCUUUGAUUUCACUUGUUCCUUCAUCUACAUGUUUUGUUCAUUUGCAGCCAGUUUUUACUGAGUUUGUGGCAAUCAGGAAUGCAUUUGCUAAGCAAGUAUGACUUUAAUUCCACUCCAUGGCUCGAUCAUUCACAUGAGGUGAGCUUCAGCCUGAGAUAGCAGGCGACAGAUUUCUUGCGUUUCAAAACUGCCAUGCCCCCCGUGAUGCUCCCGUGAAGGAAUGCACUUUGCCUUGUAAGUUCCUGGGAAAGGGGUAUCUUUUCUCUCCAGGUGCAGCCAGAUCUCACAAAGUACAAAACGAAUGCCUUUCUUUUCUUGUUUAUAAUGGUCACUCACUGUGUUUGGUUACUGUCAACAAAUCAAUAAAUGUGUUUAACAAGUUACCCAGUA